GGCCGGGUCCCUCUCCACCUGCCGGGCCGAGCGCACGGGCCAUGGGCUGAGCCCCGCUGACCCCGCCGGGCCGGCCAUGGGCGAUCGCGAGCGCAACAAGAAGCGGCUGCUGGAGCUGCUGCGGGCGCCGGACACAGGCAACGCGCACUGCGCCGACUGCGGGGCGGCAGAUCCCGACUGGGCCUCUUACAAGCUGGGGAUCUUCAUCUGUCUCAACUGCUGCGGCGUCCACCGUAACUUCCCUGACAUCAGCAGAGUUAAAUCUGUGCGACUUGACUUCUGGGACGACAGUAUUGUGGAGUUUAUGAUCCACAAUGGAAACCUCCGUGUGAAGGCCAAGUUCGAAGCCAGAGUCCCAGCUUUCUACUACAUCCCCCAGGCCAACGACUGCCUGGUCUUAAAGGAACAAUGGAUUCGAGCUAAGUAUGAGAGACGGGAAUUUAUGGCUGAUGGGGAAACCAUCUCGCUCCCAGGUAACCGAGAAGGAUUCCUGUGGAAGCGAGGAAGGGACAACUCACAGUUUCUGAGAAGGAGGUUUGUACUUCUGGCAAGAGAAGGCCUCCUGAAGUACUUCACAAAGGAACAGGGUAAAAGCCCCAAAGCUGUCAUCAGCAUUAAGGACUUGAAUGCCACCUUCCAGACAGAGAAGAUAGGUCACCCCCAUGGGCUGCAGAUCACCUACAGGAGAGAUGGCCACACCAGGAACCUGUUUGUGUAUCAUGAAAGUGGGAAGGAGAUAGUGGACUGGUUCAAUGCCCUCCGUGCAGCCCGUCUGCAGUACCUAAAAAUGGCCUUUCCUGAACUCCCGGAGUCUGAGCUCAUGCCAUUCCUCACCAGGAACUACCUCAAACAAGGCUUCAUGGAAAAGACUGGGCCAAAGCAGAAAGAACCUUUCAAGAAAAGGUGGUUCGCCCUGGAUUGCCAUGAGCGGAGGCUGCUCUAUUACAAGAACCCACUGGAUGCCUUCGAGCAGGGCCAGGUUUUUCUUGGGAACAAGGAGCAGGGAUAUGAAGUCUAUGAAGACCUGCCCAAGGGUAUCCGAGGAAAUCGCUGGAAAGCCGGACUCACCAUUGUCACCCCAGAGCGGAGAUUUGUCCUCACUUGCCCCAACGAGAAGGAACAGCAGGAAUGGCUGGAAAGUUUGCGGGGUGUCCUGUCAAGCCCCUUGACGCCCCUCAACCGGCUUAGUAAGAAGCAGGAACUGAGGGGUGUUCUUUUGGCCAAGGGCAGAGGGCAGAAAAGUGCUUCUUCACUUAGGUUCAGCUGUGAUGCCACAAAAGAUUCCUGAUUCCCGACUACGCUCUUUUCAUUGUCUUCUCUUCCUGUGAAAGAAAAGCACAGACAUGCCAUUAUUGCCAAAAAGUCUCCUCUGUCCACUCUGGGUUCCCCUAACAGAGCUCUUCCCCAGGAGCUUUUAGAGGAGUUUGGCCCUGGCAGAACCCCUGGGUGCCAUCUGUACCCCUCUCAGUGUGGGGGCUGAGCAGCUUCUCUUUCCCUCCACCUUGCUCUAUGCUGAUCUUUUUUCUCGUGAGAAAACCCUGGCCUGUUAUUAUUAGCUAAGGUCACACCCGCUGGGCAGCUCCUGGGAUUUUUGGAUUCCUCCCCACUCCAGAGGGAAGGCUAUUUCUAGUGGCUUCUUUUCUCUGAGUCCUCCCUUCUGUCUGCCUCUCGCCUGUUCCUCCUCUUUACCAGUAGGGCUUCCUCGAUGCCGACAGCCCUGUGAAAAAAGAGGAGACAUGCCGAGCUCCGGCAGGAAACUGCUGGCCCAGGGCCUGGCUUCUGGGGCACAAAGGAGAAUUUCUGUGUUUGGAAAAGUACAGACUGAGCAGGUGAUCUCCGCACAGCCCCUUGGGGGAAACACUUGUGCCCUUUGAGUUUGACCGAUAAAAACACAGACUCUCUUGACUGUCCCACAAGGGCCAAGCCGGAGAACCUCAGAAAGGGACUUGCAAAUUGUGAGUGAGGCAUAUAAGCUUGUGCUCUCUUUUCUCUGUGGGCUGCCAUUUAUGAAUCUCUUGGUUUCUCUCUGUCUCUGUCCCUCCACUUUUCUCUCCUUUGCUGGUGUGUGCAUUCCCUCUGACGCCCUGGCUCUCACUCUUUCAUUCUGUUUUUUAUUCUGGCUCCCUCUGUCUUUGUGUUUUUUUUUUUUUUUUAAUUUUCUUUUUUUGAGAUGAGGUCUUGCACUGUCACCCAGGCUGGAGUGCAGUGGUGCGAUCUCAGCUCACUGCAACCGCUUCUUCCUGGGCUCAGGCAAUCCUCUCACCUCAGCCUCCCAAGUAGCUGGGACUACAGGCUCGUGACACCACGUCUAGCUAAUUUGUUUUGUAUUUUUGGUAGAGACAGAGUUUCACCAUGUUGCUCAGGCUGGUUUCGAACUCCUGAGCUCAAGUGAUCCACCUGCCUCGGCCUCCCAAAGUGCUGGGAUUACAGGCGUGAACCAUUGCACCCGGCCAUGGCUCCCUCUGUCUUUGUACGCCUGUCCCUUUGCUGUCCCUCUCCUCCGCAGGACAGCAUUGGCAUGGCCACCUCCCUCAGCCCUCUUCAUUUCCCUUGUAGCUGCAUCAACAGAGAGUGGCCGCAGCAGCAGGUGACCCAUUAACUGAGGAACUGGCUGCCACUGAACACCUGGAACUCCUUGUGGGAAGAAGUUUGCACCUUGGCCCUGGCUGCCCACCAUCAGUGCCCCGCAGUCAGCAGCCAUCCCUGGCAGUGAACUCUGCCAGGACUGAAGCUGUGGCUUCAUCCAUCAGCUCCCUGAGCCUUCUCCGCAAACCCACCCCGGGGAUCUGAGGAUCUGGUACAUAGAUGAACAUCUAUCCCCUCCUCCCCCAAUACACACCUAGGCUUGAAAUGCCCUACAGGCCCAGAACUUUCUCACAUCUGGAAUGGAGGCAUUGCAAUGAAAAGGCACCCACAGCAUCAUGCAAGUGGCAUCUUGUAAAAAAAAAAAAAAAAAAAAAAGUUUAAUCUGAAUCUAACCAGGAGGAAAUAAUCAGACAAAUCCCCAUUAGGGGCAUUCUGCUAAAUAUCUGACGCAGACUCUUCAAAAACGAAGAGUGAAAGAUAAAGUAGUCAAUGGCCGGGUGCAGUGAGAUUGUGCCAUUGCAUUCCAGCCUGGGUGACAGAGCGAGACUCCAUAUCAAAAAAAAAAAAAAGAAAAAAAGGAACUGAAUGAAAUCCGAAAUGGCUGAAAUGUUAGAGAAACAGAGCACCAAGGCCCCUGCUCUGUGACUCGUUGUUCCUUUCCUCUGUCUUCAAGCAACACGCAGAAAUACACUGGAUGUUCUCUCUUCACUUCAAUGGAGACCCAAGGAGCUGGGAGGGUCUCUUAAGAGAUUCUCUGUGGCUGGGUGUGAUGGCUCAUGCCCAUAAUCCCAGCCCUUUGGGAAGCUGAGGCAGGAGGAUUGAGACCAGGAGUUCGAGAGCAGCCUGGGCAACAUAGUGAGACCCCAUCUCUACAAAGGAAAAAAAAAUUAGCUGGACAUGGUAAUGAAUGCCUGUAGUCCCAGCUACUCUGGACGCUGAUGUGAGAGGAUCACUUGAGCCAGGGAGGUCAUGGCUACAGUGACCCCUCAUUGCACCACUGCACUUAGCCUGGGUGACAGAGUAAGACCCUGUCUCAAAAAAAAAAAAAAAAAUCUAUGCAUUUUAUGGGACUUUCCUUUGGAUACCCCAAUCAAAGGACAAGCAAUGCAUAAGCCUGUGUCCUUCCUGAAGCUUCUCGACUGCCCAGAUAGGGAGGUGAGUCCUCUCUAUCUCCUCCGGCUCUGGAAGCACCUUGAAAAUGUGCAUUUUCAAGGACACUUGCUGGGUUGUGCAUUAAGGGCCAGUUUACUUGUCUGCCUCUUUGACCACCUGUGAACUCUGUUGGGUGUACUCUGCUAAGUUCUGGGGAUGAGGAAAUUAAUAAAGGUACAGUCUUGCCCUCAA